UGAAAAUAAUUCGGAAAAUGUCGAUUUUCCAUUACAACUCAACUUUUCUUCGGCACAGUUCACAUCCGGUAACAAAACUGAAACGUGUGAUAACUGAUACUAAAAGAACAGAAUGUUUAGAAGAAAAUUAAGCGCUCUAGGUUACCAAAACCCAAACGAAUUCAAUGUAAAUGGUACGAUAUAUGAAAAUGAAUUUCGCAAUUUCGUAAUAUGGUUAGAGGAUCAGAAAAUCCGUCAUUACAAGAUAGAAGACCGAAUGGGACUCAGGAAUAUUAAAAGCAGUGACUGGUCUUCAUCGUGUGAAACUUAUUUUAAAGACCUAGGAUGUCCUUAUCAGAAGUCAGAGCGGACCAAUAUGAUUGAAUGGAUAUUAGCAUAUGCAGUUAGGCUUGAAUAUGGAGACCAUGUUGAUGAAUACAAAGCAGCAGAUCCUUCCAAUAUAGCCAUGUCCCAAACAGACCGUGUCCCUUCUUCAAAUCCUUUAGAUAAUUUGGAUUUUAAUGAUCCCGAUUUUAAGGCUGGUAUCACAUCUCUAUCCAUGAUUUUACAAAUACCCCCUCAUGCUGACCACUUAGAGCAAUUAAAGGCAAUCUGUAUGGUUGUGAAAGAUCGACUUUCUCAAGAAGCCAUCAAAAAAUUCUCCACAGAAAAACAGGGUGAACAACUUCCACUAGAUCAGACAGAUUUAGGAUUUGACACUGGAGAUUACAUAAUAAAUGAAGCGGCCAAAAUCCUACGACUUAUUCACAUUAAGAAUUUGAGAGACUUACAAACACAGAUAAAUGCAGCCAUUGUUGGGGUGCAGGCCCUUAUAGCAAAUCCAAAGACAGACAGUAGAUUAGGAAAAGUGGGGUAUUAAGUUCCAAGUUCUGCAAAGGAAUUCUUGAAAGAACCCUUUAAUUUGUUAUCCAAGUCAACAGAGGAUGGGGUUGUGAUCUUGUGGAAGACAACAUAGUGCUAUUACUACUUAUCCAGCUGUAGAAACUCGUCGCAUUUAGUUCGAAAUAUUUAACAUGUCAGUAUUACAUUGAAGGGCUUCAGUUUAUUUGGAGUACAGGCGUAUACACAUACCAUUGUGAUUAACCAUUGCUGACUAUUAUUGUUAUCUGACUAUCUAUAUCUCCUAGCAUUUGAUUUAGGUCAUUCGUGGUUGUUCAAAAAAGCAGAGGCUUACAAUGAUUAAAGUGCUCUUUUUUUGCCAAA